CAGCCGACGCCAGCGACGACGCUGCGGCCGCGGUAUCGAAACGAAACUUCGGCAAUCGACAUCGAUUUACGGUAGCGGUGUGAACAGACGGACUCUAUUUCACGUUCGAAAAAUAGAAAUAACGCUUCCACGCGUAAUGUCUGUGGUGCUAGUGCAAUAAAACAAGAGGGAACGUUAGUGUUCGCCAUCCUACGGGAGAUUAUGUUGAAAGUGUGCUUAGUGUGAAAUACCGCUACAGUAUAGUGAAGUGGUUUGUGCGGUGACAAAAAAUCGUCAUAUCGCCUCUUGGAAGCCAUUAGCCGGCUGUGCAUGAUUCCGACAAGGAGUUUGCAGUGAAAAAGUCACCAGUUACCGAGUCGGAGGCGACGCGAUGGCGGACACAGACACGGAGACGCUGCCAAACGGCACCGGUCCGCUCUCGGCCGAGGACGAGGAGAGAAUGAAGCAACGCCCCGCCGAUAUCGAUGCUGAUGUCCGGGAGAUGGAGCGGCGCAAGCGCGUCGAGGCGCUCAUGUCGUCGAAGCUGUUCCGCGAGGAGUUGGAGCGGGUGCUGGACCAGCAAAUGCACGAGGGCAACGACGCGCCGCUACUGCAACGCAUCCGGGAGAUGGUGGGCGGCCGCCUCCACACCGGCAGCCUCAGGGGCCCAAGCUGCGUCCUCCCCAUAAACGACAUCAGAGGCAUCGAGGGUGUGGGCUACGAGAAGGGGGAGAAGAUCCUCCGAUGCAAGCUCGCUGCGGUGUACCGUCUAGUGGAUCUAUUCGGAUGGACUCAGAGCAUGAGCGGGCAGAUCACGGCGCGCCUCAACACGGCCGUGGAGCAGGUGCUGACGACUCCGCGCGGCCUUCUGCCGCACGAGGUGACGGCCUCGUCGCUCGUCAAGGUGGACAUGCAAGGCGUCGUGCAGGACCAGGGCACCACCAACUUCCCCGUCAACGUGGAAGGGUUCUCGCUGCACGCGUCCGUGCACGCGGCGCGGCCGGACGUGCGCUGCGUGCUGCACGUGCGCUCGGCCGGCGCGCUGGCGGUGUCGGCCACGCGGCGCGGCAUUCUGCCGCUGUGCACCGAGGCGGCGCUGCUGGGCGACGUGGCCUACCACCGCGUGCCCACCGGUCUUCUGGACAACGAGGAACAGGAGAAGCUUGUCCGAGCCCUGGGCCCGCACGCCAAGAUCCUAAUGUUGUCCGGAGGCGGGGCUCUCUGCUGCGGAGCCACCCUGGAGGAAGCCUUCUACCAGGCCAAGAACUUGAACGCGGCCUGCGAGGUCCAGCUGCGCCUGGCCUCACUGCCGCUGGAUGAACUGUCCCUGCUCGACGAGGAGACCAGAAGACAGAUGUACGAGUCGUCGCGCAAGCCGCCGUCGGACGCAGCCAAGUGGCGCGUGGGCGGCGAGGAGUUCGAGGCACUCAUGCGCAUGUUGGACAACGCGGGCUUCCGCACCGGGUACAUCUACCGCCACCCGCUCGUCAAGAACGAUGUACCGAGACCCAAGAACGACGUGGAAGUGCCGCCGGCGGUUUCCUCGCUGGGGUACCUGCUGGAAGAAGAGGAACUGUACAAACAGGGACUCUGGAAGAAAGGAGGUGGCAAAGCGGGUGAGCGCACACGCUGGCUGAACUCGCCCAACGUCUACCAGAAGGUCGAGGUGUUGGAGACCGGCACCACCGAUCCCAAGAAGAUCACCAAGUGGGUGGACGCUAACAACGAAGAGUGGGUUCAAGACGGAUCGCCGGCGCACUCCAGCACGCCCGUCAAAAUAGACACCCUGCAGUUCGUGCCCAAGAACACCAAUCCCAAGGAGUUCAAACAGCUGCAGCAACAGAUUAAGGAGAACCGCCGCGCGGACAAGAUCAGCGCGGGGCCCCAGAGCCACAUCCUGGAGGGCGUGACGUGGGACGAGGCGGCCAAGCUUGUGGGGGAGGAUGCAGCCAACACCCACACCGGGGACCAUGUCGUGCUGAUGGGCGCGGCGUCCAAGGGCAUCAUCCAGCGCGGCUACCAGCACAAUGCCACCAUGUACAGCGCUCCCUACGCGCGGAACCCCUUCGACCACGUCACCGACAACGAGAUCGACGACUACCGGCGCACCGUCGAGCGAAAGCAGCGCCCCGACUACGACACAGAUAUAUCUGAAUCGGAAGCUGUGAGCGCGGCGCAAGUGACGUCACCCAACACCGCGCCCUCCGACACCGAGGACGAAUCGCGAGACGAACAACGCGUUCUACGGAUAGAGACCAAGCAAGUCCCGGUGCGCAGCCAGCCGGAGGUCGUCCUCAGCGAUGUGGACACGACAGAUUUCUUGAAUGCCGAGAGGGACCACGCCGACCGGACUAAAGAUUCUCAACGGGACCCGAACCUACUGUCCGAUGACGAAGUCUUCCUGGACUCCACGUCGUCCGUACCGUCAGGGUCCGCGUCGGUACCCAUUCAAGGACCAGUUGUGAUUCGAACCCAAUAUACUGCAGUCCAAGGGACUGUGGGCAAAGCUUUUGGCUGGUUUCGAGGCAGGAGUUACACGCAACUAGCUAACAGGGGCGAGCACACCGUCAACGGGGACCACUCUGACGCCCACCAGAGCACCUUCUCGCACAGCAGUAAAGAGGGCUCGCCCUCCAAAGAGGUUUCGACGGAGGAGUCCCCGAAGAAGGACAAGAAAAAGAAGAAGGGCCUGCGCACGCCCUCCUUCCUCAAGAAGAAGAAAGAGAAGAAGAAGGACAAGUCCGCCACGCCGCAGCCCGCGUAGAGAUUAAACUCAAAAACAACACUGCCAUCUCGCUUUCAAAAGUAAUUUUAAGAUUUUCCCAAAAUUAUUGCAACCGCUCUGUACCGCUUGUUUCAUGAACACACGCGGUCUAUACUCCGGCCCAUUGUACUGUACCCUACUUGACAGUUCGCUUUAGUGUUGUACGAAUAGCUUCGUAUCGAUAUCGAUGGUUAUUGUACAAUUUAUCGUACGUGUGGUAUCUAUAUUGUAGAUACAGAAAAAUGUGACCUCCCUGGCACAACGGUGGUUGUGGAAUCUAAUUGGGAGGUCCCGGUGUCGAUUGCCAGCUCGGGUGUAUCUUUGAUUUUACAGUAUAUAUUGUUGGUCUCCAUUAACUUUACUGCAAAGAGUUACCGCUAAGCAAAUUUAGUGUAGCGAUACGAUCCCGGGUAGAAGGCGACAAGGAAUGCGGUCUUAAUAUACUGCCACACUCUUUUUUCUGUACAGAAACUUACCAUCAGAUGUGAGCGUAUUCAAGCACUGACUUGACUACGUCUUCUGAAGUUUUUAAAGAUCUAUUUGAAUAUACUCUCAACUUUAUUCAUAACACGAUUUACUGACUGCACAAUAGUACUGGCCCUAAUUAUACAACUCUUUGAGCGUUUUAUAUUAUUAUUGUUUGUACACAAAGCUCCAAUGAAAUUUAAGUUUGUAUUGUUUGACAGCUCCAUAAAUAUAUAAAAAUUAGGCUAUUCCUGUUCACAAGGAGCUGUGGAAAAGGAUAUGAAUAUGUUAAAUUGUCAAAAGGACAGCAAUACAUUUGACCCUGUCAAAUUUGUUUAUGAGAAUUUGUAUAAAGUUAUACAGACCCACAUUUUUCGUACAUUUUGUUACUUUUCCACUCAAGUUAUGUGAGUGUGAUGUCACAAAUUUUAGUCAGGAUGAGACGUCAAAUAGUGAAUAGUACAAUCGACCGGAGUGUAUGUAAAAGUACGCGGAAACCCACCUUGGCGUUUAAUGUUGCCACUUCACGAUGGAUGGCGCUCAAACUGCUUGAGCAUCCGCUCAGUCGCAGCUGAGCAACCACUCAGCCCUGAGCAAUCACUCAGCCCUGAGCAUUUAGUAGUAAGGUAGAUGCUGACGUAAUUUAUUUGACGAUUUCGAAAAAAUUCAAACCAGCUUCAAGUUUAUGGUACAUGUACUGAAAACAUCCUUUUAAUGAAUUAGGUACAUGAGUUCACGUGUAGUUUUUAAAUAUACGAAACGUUUAUACAUACACACCUAUAGGUAAUACAGUAAACCUAGUUUUUUUGAAGUCGGUUAAAUGUAAUGCUCUUUUUUCUUAUGACUUGCCAAGCGCCUUAUGAGAAAUUGAUAUUUUUAUUAUUGAUUUUUUUAUAUAUAGUUUCUGUUGCUGUCCGUGCGUUUACAACGGGACUUGUUGCAGUAAAAAAAAAAAGAAUAACAUUGUUUAAAGCGUCGAAUUCUUGGUUUAUAAGUUACAAUUACAUUAAAUAUGUUAUUUUUUCCAAUAACUACAACAUUUUAUUCCAAUUCAAAUAUAACAAUAAUGGCUUAGUUAAAUACUCAGUUAAAUGCUCAAAAGGUUCAUAAGGUGGUAACAUUUUGAUUUAUAUUAAAAAGUAAUUAAUUAUUUAAUCAUUAAUAAUACUGGCAACAUUCCCAUUGUAAAACAUCUGGGCUAGUGUUUUGGUGCAUUCUUAAUUGAAUAAUUAUAUAUAAUUAUUGUAUUUUUUUAUAAUUAAAAAAAAAUACGGCAUGUAAUGCUUUCCAUGUUGGGGCGACCCGCGCCAUUCGUGCUUUUAAAUAUAAUUAAAUAGUUUAGCUAGGGAUGCGGCGAUUGUAAAGUAUCGAUACUCGAUUAAUGGAUCCAACUUAAAAAACGUAUCUCUCUUAAUAGAUAGUGGAAUGGCAUUUUAGACUACCGUUUCAAAUACUCGUGUGAUUGUGUUAACUUAGUGUAAGCUUUCAUGCCAACUAACGUUUAUCUGUAUUUUUAAUGGAGGACCAAACGUCACAGUAUGAUGACAACUCUAUACAAAUACGACAGAUUAUAUAGUUACAUUAGGGACUCUGUGCUCCUAGGUUAAGUGAAUAUCGGUGACGCCUGAGUUACGUCAUUCUGCUAAAUUCGUAUGUAACUGUCAAAUCACUAGCCGUUCAUACAGAUCAGAAUAACGCCAACACUAAUGCCACGUUAGUUACUUAAAUUGUUGCACUAGGAGCACAGAAAAACGUUGUUUGUGUAAAAAAAAAAACAA